GAGCAAGAUGGUGUACAAGUCAAAACAAACAGCUUUUCUCGUAAUUUUACCAACCUUGGUUUUCACAUACCUUCUGGUGACUCGAUCAAUUAAAAAUGAAGGUAAUUUUCCGUUUAAAUGUAGAAAUGUUUAAAUUUAACUUGCAUAUCACUUAUAUGAAUUCAAAUCAUGUUUUAAACGUUCCAUUUUUAAACAUGCGAAGCCAUCUAAAAUGCGAUUGAAAAAAGAAGUCCUUUUACACUCAGAAGUCUUGAUUUUAAGAAAAGUUUUAUUUUGUCAUUUUCAAGAAAAUUGAAGAAAUAAACUAAUAAUAAUUGUGUCAUAGAUGACGCCCGGUCAAGGAUAAUACACUUUGUGCGUAAAAUUUAUGACUUGGUACAUGAUUACAGAUUAUACGUGAAUGGCUUAAUCCCUAGCUCUCUUCGUGUACUGUGCGGUGGACUGUAUCUUUCUUUAAAUUGAAGCUAAUUAAUUUUAUGUGUAUCGUCCAAAACUGCCUGUAAUAAACUGCAACAGUGUUUGUAAAUGUUAAUUACAACUCUUGACCUAAAGAGUAUUGGUGCAUGCUCACACGGUAUACCGGUGACCCAUUCAUACCAGUCCUGCAUUAGCAUGCGUAUAUAGCAGGCGUUUAGUGCAGGCGGGAGAAGAGAGGGCGUCGUUUGAGGAAACGCCUGCCCAAAUGGCUAUGACAAAUUAGUUCUUGACCGAAAAACUUCGGAAAAGUCGUAAUUCAAAUGUCAACAAUAAUUUUGCUCGCGUAUCGAAUAGCAGAUAGCCGUAUAUUUCUCAUAAAAAUAUGCCUGUUAAUGCUUUGGAGGAAACUCUUUCUUAAUAUAUUUCAAGUAUUUAGGCUUCGAAAUUCAGUUCAAAAUCUAUAACAGAGAAAAUCUAUCAUUAUAAUUAAUUUGCUAUGUGGUCAGGUAAAGACGCUGGUUAUCGCUAUUCUUCCUACGGGAUACGGAAAAGUUUGAUCUUUCAAUUAUAUAUUUAUAUAUAUUCUAAUAGCUCUGAUGCCAGCACAAGCAGGGAUCGAAUAUUUCUUAUAGUUGUCUUGUUAUGUGUCCACUGUAAAGAAUAAUUCAAGACCAGAUAGUUGAGGCUAAACGUGUCGUAUCUUCAUAUUAUGUGAUAGAGAUUUCCUUUGAUUUACAUUUAAACUUUGACUUUGAUUUUCUCGACAUACACAACGAAUUUUUUUAAAGCUACUUCGCCAAUGAACUUACUAGAUCGAUCGUUUCUGAAGCAUUUGAAAACAUUCGCGUGUUUUAUCAGACCAUCUUUAUAUCUAAUAAUAUAUAUUAAAGCCCAGCAAAGUGCUUUUAAAAGAGCCAUAAACCAUUAAAUUUAAAAUUUUUAAAUAAAGAUUUAAUAACGUUUCGUCAUAACUUAAGACAUCUUCAGACUAUAUUAAAUUAAAAGCUGUAAGAGUAAAUUAUACAUAAUAUAAUGUCUUAAGUUAAGACGAAACGUUACUAAAUCUUUAUUAAAAAAUUUUAAAUUUAAUGGUUUAUGGCUCUUUUAAAAGCACUUUGCUGGGCUUUCAUAUUUAUUAUUAGAAUUCGUUUUCUGCCUGGUACUUCUCUGGUAACGAUCUUUAUAUCUGAUAAAACAAUGCUGCCCAUAUACGUCUAAUGUAAAUUUCAUCGAAUUUGCCCAAUGCAACUGCCAAGAGUUUAUUCCAGUAAAGCGGGUCAAACUCCAAUGUGAAUUUGUCCAGUAAAGCUACAGCAUUACUCAUUUCUUUCUGACGGUUGAGAAUCUCAAGGAUUACGCUUCACAGUAAUAGUUUGUGUUAUUGCCCCUCAAGGGUAGGUUGACUCUGUAACAGAGUACCCACGAUGUGAGGUCUUCAUAUACAUCUGCAACAUACUUGGGGAAAAAAGGAAUAUUUCAUCAUAACUUCAUCUGACACAAGGCUGCCAUAAUCUCUUCUAGAUCAUCCCCACACACUCUGCAUAAAGGAUUCUCUUGAAUGGUAGAAGUUGGCGAGGUCUGUCAUUCACGGCAAUUCCGUUCUUUCCAACGCCAAACCUAACAAGACAAUUACCAAAAAUGUCAAUGAAAAUUAUCCUUAUAGCAAAUUGAUCAAUCACAACAAUAACAAAUUUCCAACGACCAAACUGUUGUGACGUCAUUUUCUUGAUGUUUUUCAACCAAACAAUUAUAAUUAAUAAUUAAUUAUAAUUACUUGGUCGUUCAAUUUGGUUAGAGACAGGGUCAGUUUUAAGGUCAGUUUCAAAGCUGUUUUAGAGGUUUUGUAUCAACUGCACAUGUGCUGGUGGACAUUAUGCAUAUAAAUGCACUAUAAUUCUUUGAGGUAACAAGACGCCUGCUCAGGCGUUUACACUGGCCUGAAAAUGGCAACUUUGGUUGAUAGGGUGUAAUGUGUAGUAGAGAAGUAGAUAAGGAUACAGGAGGUCUGGACCAUAUAAGUUAUCGACGAUAAUAUACCAAGACGCCGGCUCAGGCGUACCCUCCGGCUACGGGCAACUCAGCCUGACAAGCCAGGCUCACUGUAAGUAUGAUUAUCAACUAUCAACCGUAAAUAAUGAUGGACCAAUAAUAGCGAAAAAAUUAUAUAGUCCUUGAUUUUUAAUGCUUUUAUAUGUCUCGUUUCAGGUGCUAAAAAGUUCAUAGACAUAGACGAUUCUUCUAAAAAAUACGCCAAUUUGCUUCCAUUUAUAAGAUAAACUGAUCCCUACCCCAAGCCCUUUUCUAACCCCAACCACUACAACCAGUAAACAUCUAAUAGCUAGCCCUAAUAAACAAUUUGAGAAUUAAAAAGUGGGGGGGUGGGGGGGGGGAGUUGGAUUUGUCCCAAAAACAAAUCGAACCGUAUCACGUUUCACUUCGCCGCACGCGACGCCACCUCGCUGAAUACAAUCGAAAAAAUACAUUUUUAUAGUAAUAUAUGAUGAAUGGAAAGUAAUUUGGCGCACAUUAAUUAAUGUAAAUAAUUAGGUGCAAAUGAGCAAAUCUAGAAUUAUGCAAAUGAGCACAAGCGCACAACGCAUGUUUAUGAGUCUACAGCGUAUAUUUAUACUUGUUAUUUAAAAAGUCAAACUGUCAAACCUUAAACUUGUCCUUGUUUAUAUUCCACUAUAUUGUAUAAAUUUGCUGGGUCCAAAUUUUGGGGUUUUCGAGUCGUUACACAAAGAAAAACACAUUAAUUCAACACACAAGAGAGUCCAGAGUGCGACACAACGUAUUUUCCAUAGGAAACCAACACAAUUCUUUGAAAAUUCAACGAAACUGUGUUAAAUAUAUAUUAGAUCGCUCAGUGAAAAGCCGCCAUUUUGAACCUGAACUCAAUAUGCCACUGGAGCACUCCAUCCUUGGAGCACUCCAUCCUUGGAAUUGUGCGCGUGUGCACAAGUGUAUGGGCUAAUGAACGAAAAAUGUACCACAAGCAUGGCAUGAGCCGGCUAUUACGUACAUAAAUACGAGCUUGUUACCAUAAUACUUAAAUCAUGGAACCGAGGAAUUGAUGGCAUUUUGGCUUAAUCAUUGCACCCUGAGCCUGCGAUGAGCUAACGCAAACUCGAUUUCUCGACUACGAAAAAACUCAGGAAAAAAACAGAAAAAGACGGAUUUAAGACACUACAGGUCAGUGUAAUGAAUGUGAUUUCCUGUCAGUAUCAAGGAUUAACCGUGCUGCUCUUUUCUACAAUUUUAAAAUUUUGUCUAAGUUCUUUUUCGGACAGGUGUUUCUCCAGCCAACACAGCAAUAGCCUGUUAUUGAUAGAUUUAGACAAUUGUAGAAAGCCAUCCUUGCCCGAAAUGGUAGAAAAUAAUUUAUCUUAUCCGACGAAAAACACCAUCUCGCUGUGAUCGAGACUCUUUUGCCUAACAUGUCAAUGUGUUUAUUCCAGUUGAAAUUCUGGUCAAAUCGGAACAUGCACCUAACAGCUUAUCGUUAUCUGUGGUCUUAACCCGAGAGCCAUAUAGAUCAAGGUUAAGGUUUCCUCGAACUUUAAACUUGCUUUCAAUAACCAUGGUUUUCGUCUUCUCCGUGUUUACUACCAUCCUGUUGUUUUCUGACCACUUCACCUCUGGUUGCAAAUCACUAUUCAGAAGUUUAUGUUCCACAUCCUGUACGUCAUAACCAGCCACAUAUUGUGUCGUGUUAUCAGAAUACAGAUCAAUUUCGGUGUCGUUCAAAUGAAGAUCGAGGUAAGUCAUUCAUGUAGAGAAUGAACAACGAAGGUCCCAAUAUCGAUCCUUGUGGAACACCAGAUACUACGUUAGCUUUUGAAGACACGUUAUUGUCCACCGAUACUUUAAAUUGCCUAUCUGUAAGAUAUGAACUGAAUAUAUAAUAAGUUAUAACAAUCACGUUUUAACAAGUCUUCCGCCAGGCUGUUAUCUAUGUUAAUAAGGUGGUCUUACACAAAAAUUAUAUAUUUUCUUUAAAAUGCUUACUUUGUUAUGUGAAAUAUUCAGAAAUAAUAAACAAAGUUUCUCUUACACAAAAAUAUACUUUCCGGACAAGUCUGUUACCAUGGUUACGAUAUAAUUGGCCCCGCAGGGGGUAAAAUGUCCAAUUUUUAAAACAUGUUUAAAGAAAGUCUAACCAAUAAAAAUACUUCAAAACAGUGUUUUUGGAUAAAGGUUAUCAAUAUUUAGAUUCUAAACCUAAAAAAUCCUGCAUUUAUUAUAUGAUGGACAAUUUGAGGCUAAAAACUUAAAACUGCUGCCUCGGACUCUUGGUCGAGCAGCUACAAAGUUGCCAAAAUGUACAAAGUCCAGAAUAUUUUAGGUCUAGACCCUGGAGCAGUAACAAAGCUAAAAACUAGAGAAGUUUCAUUAGCAGGUGUUAAAUGCAACUUCAGAUAUUGUGUUUUAAAUUUUGCGACUACCAGAAAUAUGCAGUAUUGAGAAAAAGCCUUGUAAAGUUUACGUAACAUGUUUCUUCUCUAAUUUGAUGGAAUAUUCCACUAAAAACAGCUGUCUAUAUGUGAUCAACAUUGUUUUGAUAAACUAUUAAAGUGUUUCAAUCAUUAAAAUGGCCCUAGGGCAUAUGUAACCUUCUUUUUCCUCGGCUUUGUCACUACGAUGCUUUCGUGCUGUUCUAAUUAUCUUCUUACGUACUUUUAUCUCCUCCUUCGCUUUGUAAUUCGCCUUAUGUACUCUUACAAGAUCUGUGCAUCUCAUCUCCUUUGUGCAGAACUUCCCUAGCUCUAUUCCUGCUUCCUUCAAAAUAUGCAAUGAUGUUUGGCAGCCAAUACUGAAGGUUGCUACUGCAUUAUAAAUACCAAGAUGCAGUGUAUCACUUCCGACAAACACAGUCUUUGGAAGAUUAUCCCAAAUCACCCCAUUAAGGGACUGAUUUUGGUUUUGAGUCUUUCCAUCAAGGCACUUAUCCAAUAAGCUAUCUUCACUGAGCCUUUCAAAGACAGGCUUAACUGCUUUGAGUACAUCUUUUUGGAGACUGGGACCUGCUUUGUAUUCAUUUGUGCUGUUAGCUUUAUCCUUCUUGAACUUACACUAACUUUCUGGACCAUCAGGGCAAGGGACAUGGUAAUUAUUCUCCUUGGAUGAAGCACAAUGGAAAAAUGCCGCACGAAUUGCUUUCUUCAUGUUCUCUUUAUUGACAAUAUUGCUUCUAACAGCAAUACCACAAUAGUUUUGUAGGCGAUCAUUCAUUACAUUAGUCAGCUUCCCUUUUCCACCCAAACCUUUUGUUUCCUUCUUUAAUUUCCUCAAAGCAGUACCCGCUCUUUUUUGAACAUGACCAACACACUCUUUCUUUACUACAGUAACACCCUUAGCUUCAUACGUAUUCUCUACUUCACCAAACGCUUUGCUAUCUCCGUCCCCAAAAUAUUCUGUGUACUGCAGCUUAUGUUUAUCUUCGCUUCUCGCAAAAACAUUUUUAACUCCGGUUGGCUCCAUUAACGAUGCAGAUCCUUUAAAGUUAGCUUUACACUUUCCAAUAUGAUCAGCCUCAAGAAUUCUUUUCUCCUCAGGAUCUAUGGUCUUAUUUAUUCUUCGACAACCAUGACAAACUUUGCUCAGGAUAUCGAUGUCGAGACAUUUCCCUGUUUGCAUAGAAAGAACAGUGACACAGCCAUUUAGAGAUGAGUAUCCUCUUUUUUGCCAUGUACCAUCACAGGAAACACUGCACUAAGAAAUGCCUUCAUUAUUACCGCGGAUUUCAGAUGCACCGUCUGCCAUAGUCUCUUCAGCAACCAUCCUGGCUGCCUUGAGAAGAGCUUUGUUAUGGCGGUGGUACGCACUUGGCCUUGGAGGUGCAGGCAUGUCCAUGAGACCACAAAACUUCUUGGUUGCUUCUGCUCCUUUGCCAAUAGCUCUCAUUGCAUAUACAAUUCUCCUGUUUACUUCAUAAUAGUUCUUGAUUUUUAAUGUAUAAUUAAUGUAUUAUUAAGUAUAAAACGAAUGUUGCCAACCACAUGAAGCACAACGCAUGUGUAUUAGUGAAGUGCAACCUUUUCCUUUGGAAAAAUCCUCAGUAAUGUAAAUAUGUUGUUCACCACAACUAUUACAAGCUUUGGCCAAUACGACCAUACUAAACACUCAAUAGCCGGAUAUAGAUGAUUCUCUACAGUUUUCUUCUCUAAUAUUUUUCAAACGUACCUUCUUUGCUGAAGCUGACUGUCCCUCUAAAAUUUCAACAUUUCUGCCCGGAUUAUCACACUGCAAUGGUUCUGUGUUCUUUUUCUUAUUAAACUGGUUUCCGUGAUACUUAUAUUUGCGUUUUCUUUGAUGACUUCUAGUCAUUUUGUAAAAAUAUCACAAUAAAUGUUGACCAACAGAGCAAAAUAUUGUUGAAAAUAUACCUUCGAAACGUUUUGAAAUAAACGUGUACACAUUGCAGAGUGCAGACAGCAAACAGAACAUCCAGCGGUUAUUUAGAAGGUGUUCAUCUAUACUUUAUGUAAAAAGAAAUCAAGGCGGCCCGAUUUUAUUUGAAAGCAGAAUAGAAAACAAAGUCGUUGCUAAGGGCGUUGCUAUGAAGGAAAAAGCCAAUACCAACGGAAUUUGUUAAAUUUUAGGCUUUUGCACUACGAUUUCGACCAAAUAACUUACACAAUCGGAUUCUGGGAUAUUUUAAGUACUAGAACACCACCUUUUUGAAAAUUUACAAAAUUCAAACUUUUCCAUAAAAUUUUUGUGUAAGACCACCUUUUUAAGAUACAAGGAACAUACCCGGACAAUAAUUCAAAACAUGGUAUGCUAUCAUACCGAUAAAGUAGCGAACGUGACUGUAUUGUGAGAAAAUAUUUGAAACUGUAUAUCUGCUGGAAGCCAUGGAAAAUGCACAACACUGUCGUUGCAUUUGGUCAAACCAUAUCCAAAGCUUCUCGUAGUUCACUACAGUUGUCUGUCAUGAAGACUUUUGUUCCAAUUGAUGGAGACGGUCCAUAAAAGGCAAAUUCUGGCAGGGAAGAUUGAAACAACUGUAAGGCAUCGACAAGCGUUUGUUCCUUCUCAUCAAUUGUUUAAUAAGUGUGUCACCAUAAGGAACACACGAAUAUUGUAUGGAAGAAAAAUCCCAAUCUCGUUCCCAGAGCAUGCCCUUCGCAGGUUAAGGGUGGGCAUAGCUCUGGAGAAAUCGAAUUGAUUCCCGUUGGAUUCCAACGUGAGUUGUACGCAUGAUCGGCAAUUGUUGCAAAAAAUAAACAAAGUAUUCAGAAUUUCUCGUCGAAAAUUUGAUACUUUUUAGACUGAAACCAAUUGAAAACAACUAAAAUAAAUAGAUAUGUACGAAAGCUUCGGGUUGAUAGGGAUACAACUACCUGAAAAAUACAAGGAGAACUUUGACGUUUCGAGCGAAGGCCCUCCGACUUGUACUGUUAGUGUUUGUAUACAUCGUACUUGACCUUUUAUACUGUCUGUAUUCAUGAUAAAUAUAAUCUCCUCGAGAAUGAGAGAAUGUUUGCUGUGAAGUGUGGACCUAACACUACGUAUACAAUAAAUUGUGACAGGAGAGUAUAAAUUUAAAGCACAUUUUUAGUAUACGAGAGCAACGUCAAUAAUAAUCCAAUGUCAAUGAAAUUUAAACCUUUCGUUCAGUUUUAAAGACAUCAACUGCCCUGCGUAUUUGCAAAAAUUGGAUUUUAGCUAACUUGAGUUGCAAAGUGAAUCGGUUUAUUUAAAAAUACAUUAAUCCUGUUUCAACAGUAAGUUGCAAAAGAAUCACAGACUGUUAUACUUAUAACAUAUUUUUCAUCAAAAUAUUUACUGCAUGCAUGGUUAAACGUCCUCAAAAUGGGCAUUGGCCAUUAUAUCUGCUUCCUAUCACCUUUAACGAAUCUUUUAAGAUAUAGCAAGACAUAAGAAGCUUCUACAUCUCUGAGUUCGUAGGUGGUGACAGAAAAUUGACAAAAAUAUUCUCAUUUGAAUUUUAAUCUCCAUCCGGUAGAGAAUGAGCACACGCGCAUUAUUAAAAUACUUCAUUCUCCCUGACAGCAAAGUCUUUGUUAUAUCAAAACUGAUUUCGGAAAAACAAAUCAAAAAUCUUAUCCAACCAAUUCAGAAACAUUAUUUUGUUCCCAAUAGAUUAUUGCGUAAAGCCCUGAAUAGUAGUUCGCAGCUAUGUUGUUCGCUAUAUGGUGUGCUGUGAAGUCCCUAAGGUUAAAGUUAACACCGCUUAUUUAUUUGCAGACUUUAUAAAAUAUAUAAUACUAUACCAAAUAGUUAAUCUAUACACUGGUAUAACACUCAGCCUAAUGUUUUCUUGAUUUAGAUAAAAUUGCAAAUAAUUACAGCAUACCGGUUGAUCUCGAUACCAUAAAGAUGUCAAAAACAGUCCACGAAACUGAACAAAACAAUGAAGAAAAAGAAUCUCUCAAAAGGAAAAGUGUUGGCAAUCCACAAAUAAUGGGGGACAGACCAAAGCCAGCAAUUAAUUAUGAAAAAGCUUACGAAGAGAUUUGCAAGAAUUCGUGGGAGAAAGAUUACACCAAAUUUCAUCAACAUCUACUAGAAACAAACCGGAAUAAAUUCAUUUUGUAUGACUGUCCUGGCAGGGGUGGAUGGGGGAGUCAAAUCAGAAACCUGCUUGGUUCCUUUCAAUUUGCAGUGAUUAGCAAGCGAGCAUUCAUUAAUGAAUGCAACAAACCUAUAGACUUCGAUACAUAUUUAAAACCACGACACAUUAAAUGGAAUCACAAAGUGAAUCAAACAGGACUAACUGUUAGAAGAUCAUUCAGUUUUAAAAGAGAAGACAUCAAAAAUUUUUCUGAUGCAAAACCUUACGAAGAAAUGUUAACCUAUGAUAUAGAAUACACACCACGUUUCAUGAGCAUUAGUCACUUGGUUCUUCCGAACCUUAUAAGGUAUAAUCAUGCAAAAUCCUCGGUGUUUCCAUUCGUUAUGAAUGGAUGUAACUUUUACUACUUGUUCAAGAAAUCUGAUCCGUUGCAGAAACGCCUGGAUGAAUGGAAAGGAGAGUUAGGUUUCAACGAUAAUAUAGUUCUAGCUAUACAUAUUCGUCAUGGAGAUGCGAUUUUUUCUGGUCAUUUUAACCAAUGGGAUGUAAGAAUAAAUGGAUCAAAGGAUUAUGACCUUUGUUUUGAAUGUGCAGAGCAAAUCGAGAAGAAAAUCGGGGAAAAAUAUCACACAAAGAAAAUUAUUUGGUUUUUAGCCGUUGAUAUCGAUUGGAUGAGGACCUAUGCCAAAAAAAAAUAUGGCAAUAAAGUGAGACAUAUCAGCGGUCCCAUUGAGCAUGUUGGACGUUCAACGAAAGGAAAAGAAGAUGCUGGACAGUUUACAAUGUUUCUCGAUUACUUUCUUCUCCAAGAAUCUGAUUACAGACUUUAUACUUCGGAGUCUAGUUUUGAUACUGCAGUUGACUACAUAACCUUUGGCAAAAAUAAUGCGGGUAGAGUUCAUUUGGAAAAAGACAAACGCACGUGCUCAUUUCCAAGUACCUUGCUACAUUAAGGAACUUUCGUUUGGGAAAUGUUCAUAGACUUUACUGUCGGUUGAUUUUACCAGGUAGUAAAAAGUAGCUGACACAUGUCGGUGGAUUAACAAUGAGACGAUAAAUAAUUUAGUGAAAGGCCGACAUCUUCAAAGAGCAAUGAUUUGGUGACAUGAAGCGAAGACUAUAUUUAAUCUCAUUAUUUUAAUUUCUAGAAUAUUAUUAAUUUUUAAUAACAACUAUCAUAUACUUAAAAUCUGUCC